AUGCAUAAAGUAGAAAGAAUCGAAGCUGCAGACUUGAUUAGCAAUCUUCCAGAUGAUGUGUUAUGUUCAAUAAUCUCCUUACUUCCUACUAAAGAAGCAGUAGCAACAAGUGUAUAUUCCAAACGUUGGAGAUUCCUAUGGAAAUCCUUAUCUCGUCUUUCUUUUCAUCUUAAUUACGUUGGUGUUAAUCAUGAUGUUGGUCCACGGUAUGUUCCUAGAAAUCAACGUAAUAAGAAACUGUCCAUUGUGGACAAGUUUCUUUCAUCAUACGGUGGUGUUGAUUUUAUUGAAUUUUUUCACUUGCAUCACUUACCAGAAGAUUGGACAUGUUCUGAUUACAUGCUAAGGUUGAUUGAACUUUUGAAAAAGAAAGAAAGAUUUAAAGGGAUUUCACUUUCGUGUGAUAAAAAUAGUGCAAUGCGUGGGAAAAGGUGGUUUCCACCUGAUUAUAGAGCGUAUUCAAGUUUCAAAUCGUCCGACAUUAACCAUUUAAAGAUUAUUACUGUACCGAGAAGCAUAUUCAGUGGGAGAUUUCUUCAAGUGGUAGAGCUGGGUGAAUAUGUACUAAAAGAUGCUUCACCUUUUAAAGGUUGCGUCAAUAUUAAAACCCUAAAACUCACAGCUUGUCGUGUAAGCGAAGAAACCCUAAUCGACAUCCUCGGUGAUUGUGAGUUACUGGAGAAUCUGAGCCUUGGUGCUUGUGUCGGCAUGUGGACGAAUUUGGGCUUGCAGGUAUCGCAUAACUCUAGGAAUGUAGUUGCUCGUCUUCUACAACUCAGGCUCAAAGUUACAGCAGAGUCAAUUCAAGCGUGUACCUGGGAGUCAGUGAUCAAUAGGAAAGAAGGAAGAUCAGCAGCAGUAACAGUUUUUAGCAGCAACCAGGGAAUAAGUUCAAAAUUCAGUAUUAAAUCAGUUGACACAGCAAAGUCAGGAACAGAUUUAAAACUCCAGCGAUAG